CCUGAGGGCUGGCCCCGGCCGGUGGAGAGCAGCUGACUCGGUUUUCAUAGCCGCAGAGCUGAACAGGAGCCGUUGACAGCCACCUCCACAGAUCAGCUCACUACAGCCUCCAUGCUGCGGCUUCACAGGGAGCUUCAUCCAGAACAUCAACAAGAACAAGUCUGGGAAGGCUACCUGUGUACCUAUAGGACAUAAGCUGGGGAUGGAGCGGAUGUGGCCUUGUGUGUUGUUAUUGUUCUCCUUGAUGCCCGUGUUUGUCUAAUUUCACUCCCAUGUUAAUCCAAAUUUUAGACUUAAUCUGCAGAAGUAAAAGUAGGUUGACUCUGCCUUAUAAGUCCCCCUUUUUUCCCCUCUGUCUCUCAUUGAAUUUAUUAUUGCAAGAUUACCUACAGCUGAAAUGGAUAAGAUGGUAAAUUUGCUGAAGUUUGCACCUUUUUCUAUAGGUAAUACGUCAGCAAUAUUUAAAUGUGGAGUGAUACCACUUUUUUAUAUAAAUCUUUGUUAACCUACUAGUGGAAUCAUGGAGAUAUUUUCACAAAAAGCUACUUAAGUUGGUUAAUUAUUAUUUUUUUCUUGUAUUUUCUUUAGUAAACCUAGACCUUUUUCUAUGAUAUGCUAAAUAUUGUGAUGUAGUUCUUUGAACUGAGAGAAGACUGAAGAGGCUAAUGCAAUGUUUUGAAACCCAAAUCAGUAUACGAAUCCAAUUUCAAAGACUUGAGGCAAACACAGCGCAAUAUAGUCCCAAUCCUGCCUGCCAUGGCGGCAGAUCACGGCGAACUGCUGGCCGAGAUGGCCACAGUCGGGCGCCUGAGCGCUACAGAGCGCCUGAAGCACGCCCAGAAGCGCCGUGCUCAACAGCUGAAGGCCUGGGCUCAGAUGGAAAAGGAUGCAGCGCGAGGAUCAAGGGCCAAAGCAGACAAGAAGAAGAAACGCACCACAAAAGUGACUUUCCCCAACUCUAUCACCCUGCUUGAAGCAGCUGCUCGCAAUGACGUACAAGAGGUGAGAGAGCUACUCAACAGUGGUGUGAACCCAGAUCUAGUCAAUGAGGACGGACUGACCGCCCUACAUCAGUGCUGCAUUGAUGACUUUGUGGAGGUAGUGCAGUGCCUGCUAGACGCUGGUGCCUCUGUGAACGCCUGCGACAGUGAGCUGUGGACGCCGCUGCAUGCUGCUGCCACCUGUGGACACACCGGACUAGUGCAGCUCCUCAUUCAGGCUGGAGCUGACCUGCUGGCUGUCAAUGCAGAUGGCAACAUGGCCUAUGACCUCUGUGAGGAUGAGGCUACCCUUGAGCUGCUAGAAAUGGUUAUGACCGAGCAGGGGAUAACUCAGGACCGCAUAGAUGAAUGCAGAGAAGCUAGAGAGAGAACCAUGCUUAAAGAUGUUCAGGCUUUAAUUCAGGACGAAGCAGAUUUAAAUGCACAAGACAACAAUGGAGCAACGCUGCUCCAUAUAGCGUCUGCCAAUGGCUACAUGUCUGUAGCAGAGCUGCUGGUGGAUCAAAGGGUUCAGCUGGAGCUGAAAGACUCUGACGGAUGGACGCCGCUUCAUGCUGCUGCCUGUUGGGGACAGAUCCAAGUAGUGGAGCUGCUGGUGGCCCAUGGAGCCAAUCUGAACUCCAAGUCUGUUUUAGACGAGACGCCGCUCGAUUUGUGUAUUGAUGAGGAGGUCCGAGCCAAACUGAUGGACUUGAAGCACAAACACGAUGCCAUCAUGAAAAGUCAAGACAACAAGAAGAACACGCUGCAAAGACGAGUGUCCAGCACUGGAAGUAGAGGGAAGGUGGUGCGUCGGGUCAGUGUUAACGAACGCUCCAGUCUGUACCGGCAGGUGCACCACAAAGAGGCGAUCGUGUGGCAGCAGCGCAACAGCCAGGCUGAACCACAGGACGACGACGAGGACAGACAGACUGAUAAUGAGCUGCUCCAGCAUGCUGCUAUGGUGGCUUCCGGUGCAGCUACAGCCCGUCUGGAGGAACUGGAGCUUGCAGACAGAAAGAUUUCCUCAUCUAGCGUUGGAAACGGCGAAACGUCCGUGUCUCUGUCUUCGUCUGUGCCUGGAGAGCUGUGGAGCGGCGGGGGCCGUAUGGAUCGCAGUGCCACCUACGAGCUGAGCCCAGCACCCACAGCCGGGAAGUCAGAGGGCGAGGGAGCAGACAGUAUGACUCGGGAGAAAUCACACCACACCCUGGCCGACCUGAAGCGCCAGCGGGCAGCUGCCAAGCUUAAUAAAUACCCCGCCCCUCCUCCUCCACUGCCCUCCACUGCAGAGGUAGAGGAGCCUUCUGUGGCAGCUGCCCAGACAACAACCCCUGAUCCCGGAUCAGAAGCCCAAACGACUCAGACUCCAGAGCAGUCGGCUUCUCCCAGUCAGGUGUUCUUCACCACAGCCAGCGGAGAUCCUCCACUGCUGAAACUACGAGCCCCUGAGGAGGAGCAGAGCAGCAAUAAGGAGCCGUGCUGUGGCCUCAUGUAGAUACUCUCUGCUGCCUGCAGGGGGCAGAAGCACUCCAAAGUGACAAACGGACAUGUUUAAAUGCAUCACUUAAGACUGCAUGUUAGGGCCACAUGUAAUCUGAUCUCACAACAGAAUGUGCAAUACCUACGUUGGGUUAGAGAUUUUAGAAUCAUACAUUCUGUAAACUAUUUACCCACCUCUUUCUAGUGCCUUGUAAGUUCAUUCCUACCCCCUGAACAAUUUCUCUUUUUCAAAAAGCUUUAGGAUCUUGACACAUGGGUCAACUAAAAGUAUGAAAAUGAUAGAUGGUUCACGUUAUUUUUGAAUAAAAAUCUGACUUCUAUUUCUACACCUGGUAGAACCACCUUUUACAGCUGCCAGUGUUUCCA